AUAAUUAAUUUAACAAUACAAGAUAAACCAUAUCAAGUAAUAAUAUGGUUAAAAAAUGAUUAUUAUAAAAAACCAAUUGGUAAACCAUUAUGUAAUGGUAUUGUUAUACAUGAACGUUUAAUAUUAACAACAGCAACAUGUUUACGUAAUACAACAAAUAUAUUAAAUAAUAAUAAUAAUAAUAAUAUAAAUUCUGAUAAUGAAGAUAAUGAAAAUAUUAUAAAUACAACAAAUUUAACAAAACCAGCUGUAAUUGAAUUAACAACAACUGAAUCAAAUACAUUAUCAUCAUCAACAAAUAAUAAUAAUUUAAAAUUUAUACAAUUAAAUGCGUCUGAUAUUAUAAUAUUAGGUGGUAAUUAUAAUAUUAAUACACAAAAUCAAAAACCAAUUAUAAGUAAUAUAUCAGAAAUUGAAAUUGUUAAUAAUUUUAAUUUAACAACAUUAGAAAAUGAUAUUGCAUUAUUAAAUUUAAAUGAAUCAUUACCAUUAUCAAUGAGACGUGAUAUACAAUGGAUUAGUUUAGAUGAUCAUACAGCAUAUAAAAAUACAUCAUGUAAAAUAAGUUUUUCAAAUUUUAUGACAAAGAAUACCCAGGAAACUUUUACUGUUAAACUAAUGAACAAUCAGAAUUGUACAAAUGCAACAAAUUUUAAAUCAACUAGGAAGAGUGAUAUUUGUUCAUUAUACGUAAAUCCAUCCAUUUGUAAUCUUUCAGAUAACCAUUUGAUGACUAGUGAUGAUCGUGGUACUGGUUUAGUAUGCGAUAGCAAAUUAAUUGGAAUUUUAUCACAAAUAAUACCAAUUGAUAAUGAAACUGAAUGUUCAAAUUUUAAACCAUUUAAAGCAAUUUAUACACGUGUUGCAAAUCAUUUAAAUUGGAUUUAUGAAAAAAUUGCUAUUGAAAGUAUGGCUGAUUUAGGUAAAUCAAAUUAUAUUUUAGCACCACAAUAUAAAGAAUCAGCACCAUCACCAAGUAUUCAUAUGCCACAAGAACCACAAUUAUUAGAAAAAUCUUCAUCAACCCCAGUUGUUAGUAUGAGUACCGAUCGUACUAUAAAAACUUCACAAGAUAUUGAUAGUUCUUUGCCAUCGAAUUUUGAAAAUCGUACAGGAACUGAAACAAAAACAAAUAAUAAAUCUGAAACUCAAACAACAAAAACUGGUCUUGGUAAAUCAAUUGGAGUUCUAUCGAAAACAAUUUGUUUGCCAGCACUUUCAAUAUCAAUUAUAAUAUCAGUUUUAAUAUCAAAAUAUUAGAUUUAAAUUUUCAAUUAUUAUUUUAAAUAUAUUGUAUGUAUGUACGCAUUAAAUUUUAAUUACAUAAUUUAAGUAUUUUGCUUGUAGUCUCUCAAUAUUAAUUUCUAUAAUAAUAUUAUAUAAAAUUCAAUAGAUUAUUUUAAAAAAAUUAAGUUAGUUAAAAACAAUAAAAAAACAAUAAAGUGAUACGACACCAUUUAUAAAUACAAUUAGUAAAAAGAUUUAAUAAAAAAGACACCAUUAAACAAAAUUUUAUUAAAAAAACGUUCUAUGUUUACUCUAUGUAUUUUUCUUCUUUUUUUUCUUUAAAUACGGUGCCUUAUAUUUACUUUAGAUUUAAAUUUACUUAAUAUUAAGGUUAUUUUAUUUAUUAAGAAAAAAAUUAAAAAAGCUUUCUUAAAUUUUUCCACUUUAUUAAUAUUAUUUUUAUUUUUUUUUUCAAGUCGCAAACAAAUAAAUUAUGAAUAUAAUAAAAUUUUAAUGUAAAUAGAAUUUUUGCAGUCUGAAAUAAUUUUUAUUUUUCAAACACAAAAAAAAAAAAUUUAAUGCAAACUUUAUUUACAAAAGAAUUAUAAUUUUUAUGAUAAAAAUGUAAAAGUGUUAAUACUUUGAUUUAUUUUAUAAUCUUAAUGUAAAUUGUUUAAUUUGUCGAAUAUGUCAGUACAACAUCCAUUGUAAAGUUCAAAAUUAAGAUUGUAAAUUUGACUUGUAACAAGUAACUGAUGAAGAUGCAUACACCUUGAUAUUUACCAGAUUUAACUAGAACAUCAAUAAAAAUUUAUUUGUUAUUCAUGA